UUAUAGUAAAACUCCACAACUUCUCUAAACAAGAUGGCGGCGUCCAUAAUUGAGACAUGCCAUGUAGCAUGCAGCGCAAACAGGACUCCAAACGUUGUUUCUUGGGGUCGCGGAGGGACUAUAGCUUUCGGGACGUGUAACUCAGUGGCUCUUUACGACCCACAGGAGAGAGGAGUUGUCGCUUUGCUGAACGGACACAAAGGGAGAGUGAAUGCAGUCCAAUGGGUUCACAACAAUCACAAUGCUUCGGAGCGUCACGUUGUCUCAGGAGGUUCAGACAAUCGGAUCAUCCUCUGGGAAGCUCAACAUGGGAAGUUUGUCCAGUCAGUGGAGUGUAAGGGCCACACUGGUCCUGUCAGUGCUGUGGAUGCCAUCUACACGGAGGACUCCAAGGUCCUCGUUGCCUCCUCUUCAUCGGACUCCACAGUGAGAUUGUGGCUCUGCAGCGACAACAAGCAAGCUGAGGGCCUCCAUAAUGUAUCAUUUGGGAGCGGUUUCAUGAUGGAUGUCUCUCUAGCUCUGUUGCCAGGCACCAGAGUUCCCAUACUGGCCUGCGGGGGUGAUGACUCUCAGGUGCAUCUGUACGUGCUGGAGAGCGGUCUGCUCCAGAAAGCCAUGUCACUGCAAGGUCAUGAAGACUGGGUUCGUGGUGUAAAAUGGGCAUUCACAGGGAGCGAGCUGUUAUUAGCCAGCUGUUCACAGGACUCUCUCAUUAGAGUGUGGAGGCUCUGUGCCAAAUCUGCCACAGACACGAGCGCUGAUGAUGAUCACACAGUCAUCAAAAUGAAAGAGGACGUUUUUGAAGUGAAGGACAGAGGAAUGGUGUUAGUGUUUGCUGUGUCCCUUGAAACGGUCCUGGCAGGACAUGAGAACUGGGUUUAUGGGGUCAACUGGCAGCCUCCUGUCUAUAAAGGUGGUGAGCUGCAACAGCCUCUCACUCUGCUCUCAGCCUCCAUGGACAAAACCAUGAUCAUCUGGGCUCCUGAGGAAGGAUCUGGUGUCUGGGUAGAGCAGGUGCGCGUUGGGGAAGUAGGUGGAAACACUCUGGGCUUCUAUGGCUGCCAGAUGAGUCCGGAUGGCUCAAUGAUUUUGGCACAUGCUUUCCAUGGAGCGCUGCACCUUUGGUGCAAGGAUCAGGAUAAAGAGGGAGAGUGGAAACCUGGAGUUGUGAUAUCAGGUCACUUUAAUGCUGUCCAAGACCUGAGUUGGGAUCCAGAAGGGCAGUUUAUCCUUAGCGUGGGCUCAGACCAGACCAGCAGGUUGUUCACUACAUGGAGGAUGCAAGACAGCAAACAGGCAACCUGGCAUGAAAUCUCCCGGCCACAGAUCCACGGAUACGACUUGCAGUGUCUGGCCAUGGUCGGGAGGUUUCAGUUUGUGUCUGGGGCCGAUGAGAAGGUCCUCAGAGUGUUUCAAGCGCCUCGUAAUUUUGUGGAGAACUUUGCUAACAUCUCAGGGAUUUCGAAAGAAAAGCUGCUUCAGUCCAGUGGCUCGGCUAGCCUUCCAGAAGGAGCUAGCACACCUGCCUUGGGUCUUUCCAACAAGGCUGUAUUUCAAGGCGACCUUGUCCCCAAAGCUGCCAAAGAAGAGGAGCAGUUCAGCAGUAUAUCUGACCAAUACCAGGAGUCGUAUUUCCACCCGCUCAGCCUGACUGAGCCACCCCCAGAGGAUGAUCUUCUCCAGAACACACUGUGGCCCGAGGUCCAGAAACUGUAUGGUCAUGGAUUUGAGAUGUUCUGCCUCGCCUCUGACAGCACCAGGACGUUGGUUGCAUCCGCAUGCAAGGCAUCUAAAGCUGAGCAUGCAGCUGUGCUGCUGUGGAGUACAGCCACGUGGCGUCAGCUGCAGGCGUUGCCAUAUCACGCCCUUACAGUGACCCAGAUGGCCUUUUCACCCAACGCAAAGUUCCUGUUGGCUGUUUCCCGAGAUCGCACCUGGUCAUUAUGGGGACGGAAGCUGUCAACACCAGAAAGUCCAGAGCCCCUGUUCUCACUGUGCGCGCACACAGGCAAGGACACAUCCAUACACAGCAGAAUCAUCUGGUCAUGUGACUGGAGCUCCAACAGCAAAUACUUUGUGACAUCCAGUCGGGACAAGAAGGUGAUAGUGUGGGGGCCGUGCAUGCUGGAGGAGUCAGAAGAGCCAGUGUUUCCUCUGGAGAUCAAACCAUGUUCAUCCAUCUUGGACGUAGGGGAUUCUGCUACGGCUGUAGCUUUCUGUCCGUCCCUCUGUUCUGAUAGCAGCUACUUGCUCGCAGCUGGUCUGGAGUGUGGUCGAAUCCUGCUCUACAGGUGGAGACCUGGUCAGGAGGGGGCUACAGGAAGUGACUGGAUUAGCUGUGGUGGAACAGACACCUUCCAAAGCCACACUCUGGCAGUGAAGCGGCUUCGCUGGAGGCCCCGGGCCGGUCAGGCAGGUCUAGAGAACGGCGAGAUGGAUGGGUUGAGUGACACGGAGAGAAAACUCAAAGAGAAGAGCUCCUGGGUCCAGCUUGCUAGUGCCAGUGCCGACCACUCUGUCAAAAUCUUCAACGUCAACAAACGGGCUCUUUAGCACCGCCACGACUCACACUAUUAUGUUUUUUGCAAGUAAAGAGAGACGCUUGGACUAAGGGCCACGGGGCAGUGUGGGCCACAGAGGCCACAUCUGCUCUUUCCCAAACCAUUCAGUCCCUGUGACAGCAAGUUAGGCCACGGGUCAGUCAAAGGACAGAACCUGCUGCACAAAAGGCCCGAAGUCUGUCUGCACAGAGCCACGGGUUUGAUGGGUGGAAGCAGGACGGUAAAAACACCAUGACUGCAGGGUAGUGUCUGGUUUAGAUACUUCAGAGUGGUUUAGAUUCAGAGAAGAAACCUCUGCUGGAUAUUUAUAGACUAACAUGUGCCUAUGGAAAUAUUUAUGUGUUGGAUUGACUUUUUAAAGAAGUCAGCUUCACCAUUAUGCAUCAAGUUCUGAUGUUGCUUGUAAAAAACGUUUUGUAUUGUCAUAAUUGGUUUGCUCUUAUUAGAUGAAGUCAGUAGAAAUAAAAGGUGGUUGAAAGGG